CACAUUUCCCAUCAUUCAGACUGCAUACACCUGCUUGUGUAAGUGUCAUCACCCACACUCACUCACACACACACACUCAGCACAUCCGAGUCUCAGGGGCUCAGCAGGUUGUGUGUCUGAGAGAGUGUUCAUCUGCUAUGUGUAUGUGAGGGAACUAGACUCAUCAAGACACUGUGUUCCAGACCAGGAUGAAAACUGUGUUGGGACUUCUAGUGCUGCUGGCUGCAUCUACUCAUGCAGGUCUGGACUCCAUGUGUAAUGCUACUCAGAAUGCUGCAUGUUAUGGGGCUCUGGGAGGACCAGUGUACCUGCAGCUGAUGAGGAACACCACAGGACGUGAACUGACCCUCCGUAAUGGCAGUGACAUUAUUUUUAGAUUCAGAAGAUCCAAGCCAGUGUUCUAUAAUAAGUUCAACACCACAUCAGUCCUCCAGAGGUGGCAGUUUGUUCCUGAUAACGGGACCAUGAUUAUCAACCCUGCAGAGAGGAGAGAUGGAGGAACAUACAGAGUGGAGAUCAUUGAGAGGUUAUCAGGGAGAGGAGUGGGAAAUCACACAGUACAGCUGACCAUAGAAGCCCCUGUGUCUGAUGUGGACCUGUCAAUCAACUGUUCAGCCAAUGGGGAGAGGACUGUGAUGUGCUCCUCCAAUGGGAACAGUCCUCAGUACAGCUGGUCUCUGGAUGGGAGGCCUCUGGGUGAAACUGAUGCUGAUCUCAGUUCAGAUAACCAGACUCUCCUGCUGAGGGGGGAUGUGACUGGACAACUCAUCUGCAGCGUCAGGAACCACGUCAGCAGCACAAACACCACCAGACUGAUGGAGCUCUGCUCUGGUGCCUCCACCACUGUGUCUGUCACACCUGCUAACCACACCCUCCCCUCAGCCCACACAGAGCGCCCAGUCUCAGUGAUUUAUGUGUCAUACUUCCUGGUGUUCAUCCUGGUGUGUCUGUGUGUUGCUGCGUGGAUGUUCUACGUCUGGAGGAAAAGGAGAAAUACACACACACCAGUAAAGAAAGGCCCUGAUGAUGUGGUGUAUGUCCAGUUGACUACAAAUGUCAGAAGAAGAUCAGACAUGCGAGGUGUGGAAGCCCAGGAGGUGGUGUAUUCUGAUGUUGCCACGGCGAACCGGAGGAGCAGACGCAAGAGCAGGAAGCCUCCAGCAGAGGCGUAUGAGUUGGAGUAUGCUGAGGUGUCGGCUUAUAAGCGUCGAGCUCCAGCUGACACACACCACACACACACACCAGCAGAGUCGGUGGAGUACGGGGAAGUGCGAGUACACACACACACAACACCCAGCGCUGACACACACACACCUACUCAGCACGACAACAGUGUUUAUGCUCACGUGCACCCAGGACAGUGAGGGCUGUGCCAGUGUGUGUGUGUGUGUGCGGGUAUGUGUGUGUGUGUGUGUAUUGACAGGUUAUGGGGUCCAGUUAAAUGCCUGACCAUUACUGACAUAGAUAUGAAGAGACAUAUUUGACCUGGGAUUUUAUCUAGAGAAGAUAACACCUAUAUUAAGUCAUAUUGAAGAUAUUGAGUUCAGCACUCCGUCACUGGUCCCUCACACAGGGGUCAACCUAUCCUGGGGGUCCCACACACAGGGGUCAACUUAUCCUGGGGGUCCCUAAUACAUCUCAUACAUCUCAAACAUUGGGCACGCCUCUGAUGGCAUGAAAUCGCAGACACACUGAGGCCCCACAGAGUCUACACACAUACACACACACACACUGAGGCCCCACAGAGUCUACACACACACACACACACACACUGAGGCCCCACGGAGUCUACACACACACACACACACAGGCCCCACGGAGAGCUGUGGGAUAGUGAACGUGAACGACUCCUCACAGCCCACACACACACACACACACACAUAUGCUAAGUGAGUUAGCCCUCAGACUCAUACAUACACACA